AGAUACCAUGUACCUUCUAUGACCAACAAUAUAUUAUUCCACAGAGGAAUUGCUAAUCAUGGCACUGCAAUACAUGGAACUGUUUGAAAUGAAGCCUAAUAUGACUAGUUUAGAAAGCUCAAUGGAAAACCUUACAACAGAAGAAUUUGCCAAGAUCAUGGAAUCCUUCAAUGUGUCCGAAAUUAUGAAACUUGACACAAGGAAAUACCUCGAAGAGCCUGUCGUUAUCAUUAUGAUGGUCUUGUGUGCACUUGCUCUUGGUACCAACAUCAUUUCUAUUCUGGCUACAAGCCAUGUGCCCUCCAAUCUCUUUACAUCUCACUUUCGGCUGAUACUGAGCCUUGCUGCAUCUGACAUAAUGAUUGUGGUCAGCAUUGUGUCUCACAUUGUUAACAAAGUUUUGAAUCCACCUCGCAUAUUCCACCUACAUUCUCAAGAAGAGCGCCUAGUAUCGUCUUGUGGAUUUCAGCUUGUGGUUUCGAUCAAUGUCACUGCUCAUUUGAUAUCCCUACUUAACCUUUUUGCCAUGGCACAGGAUCACUAUGUGGCCAUUAUUAAACCGCUACACUACCACCACAUCAUGCAACCCAGUCGAGUUAAUAUUAUGAUAAUUAUUUUAUGGGUUAUUUCAUUUCUGGGUGGAUUUUCCAACUUUUAUGCAGGAAUAGGAAAACCUCCCCAAUUUAAGGACUUCAACAUAUGUGAGCGUGCCCUGUAUAGCAGCUAUCAGGCAGAAUAUCUUCUUAUUCUUCUUACCUUAUUGUGCUUUCUAGGAAUAAGUGUCAUUUAUACAACACUUUAUUGCAAAAUCAAAUACCACAACAGCCUCACUGUGACAAUGUCCAAAAACAGAAUGCACAACAGGAAAGCUCUUGUUACCACUUUAAUUAUCAUUGGAACAUUUGCAGCAUGUUGGCUACCUGGCAUGAUCUUUCAACUGUCCAUGAUCAUUCAAAUUCAUAUAGAUGACGCCAAAAUCAGAGAAUACAUUGUGAUGUUCGUACAGGCAAAUAACUACUUGUAUAUCCUUUUGCUGUGUAAUUCUCUGUGUGAUCCCAUCAUUUACGCAAUUCGACUGCCUGAAGUCCAACUAGGGUACAUCCGAUUCUUGUCCAAGUACUCUGUAACUUUUAGGAAAAUACUUCACAGGAGAAGAAUGACUCAAACUUGGAGUGUCUCACAGACAAGGACUAGUGUGAAUACUUUCACAGAUGCAGGUUGUUCUCUGAAUCUUCUUGAGAGAAAUACAGAAAAUGGUAACCUAAACAGUAGCGAAUCAAUUGAAAGUAGUUAAUAGAUUUUAAUGCUAAAAAUGUAUGUUGAAAUUUGAUGUAAAUUUUGAGAGGCUGCUGAUCAACAACUGUAUGAAG